CCAUGAAAAACAGACUAGUAGGGUUGCAUGAUUUCUGCCUCACUGCAUUUCUGCUUCCUCUCUUCCUGCACGGGCUAGAGAUCUCUGAUCCAGGGCAAGUAGUGUACAGGGAAGCCAGAACCAGUGUUGUGGUGGAACAUGAAGCAACCCUGGAAUGUGGCACCACCCUCCCUGAUGUCUACAUCUGGAGCUUCACCAAACCAGGCACAGACACUAUUCGAGCUGUGGUGUAUAACUUUGGCAAGGGUCCAAAGCUGCAGCAGCUGGCACAAGAUCUGGGGGACCUGGAUGUCAUCACCAACAGCUCCUCUUUGUUCACUAAGAAACUUCUUAUAGCUGCAGAGGGCUUAUACACCUGCCAGGCUCUGUACGACACUGCGGAGGGAGCCAGACUCUACUAUUACUAUGUGCGUCUACGGGUUUUAGUGCCUGUGUACAAGCCCUACGUUGUACUGAGUAACUCAUCAGCAGUGGAGGGUUCAUCAUUUUGGAUGCGCUGUGGUCUGGAGAAUGGCACAGAGCCCAUUAACUACACAUGGGAGGAGGAGAGCCGCAGUGGGCUGGUCACCACACUGGCUGAGAGCAACAGCAGUCUGAUCAACAUCAUCUGGGUCACUCGCAACCACACUGGCUGGUACAGGUGCCUGGCCAGGAACGAGGUCAACCAGCAGCGCAGUGAUCGUAUCUGGUUAGAUGUCUUAUAUGGUCCAGACUUGCCUCAGGUUGAUGUCACAGCUUACUCAGUAACAGAGACAGGCUACUCAGCACUGGAGAGAGGAAAUGUGUCUCUCAUGUGUCAAGCCUCCUCCAACCCUCCCAGUCAAUAUGCUUGGUUAUACAACAACAUAGAGAUCUACACUGGAGCACAGCUCACCAUCACCAACAUCCUGCGUGUACAAGCAGGGUACUACACCUGCCUGGCCCAGAACACUUACAUCAACUCCCGCUCCAGAAAAACCAUCACUCUCACGAUCUACUAUCCACCAGCCGGUGCUCCAAGUUGUUCCAUCUUUCAAGCAAACAACUACACUGACUUGGCCCUGUUCUGCUCCUGGGUGGGUGGUUACCCUUCAGCUAGCCUGAAGUGGAGUCAGUCAGUGAAUAUCAAUCAAAUGGGAAUUACUAACUUCACUCAGAUCCAGCCAGGCCCUGAUACUGCUAACAACUCUGUAUUCACCUGCUACGGCUCACAUGUUGCACUAAACAUCACUCAGAGCUGCAGCACUAAGACAUGGCUGCCCCAAGGAGAACCCCAGUGCUCUGCAAAUUCCAGCCAAAAUAAUGAAUACAUGAUGCUGUCUUGCUCCUGGGUGGGUGGACUCCCUCGAGCUCUGCUGUGGUGGGUCUCCAGUUCCGGGGAUGUCCACGGCACAUUUGAGGAGAGCUCCAACAUCCUAGUGCUGCGUUCCAGUGCCACCUACAGUGGCAAAGCCUUUGUGUGCCAUGCCAAACACCCACUAACUAAAGAGAGCAAGACGUGUGUGUUAAAACUGGAGACUCCAGUGUUGAUCACUGAGAACAGUGUGGUUUCAGUAUUUGAGGGCAAUGAUAUUCAACUGACCUGCAGUCUAAGUAAAACCUACCCUCCAGCUACAGAGAUUAUUUGGUAUAACAAGUUAAGGCAGAAUGUAGGUGACACAUCCAAGAAGUACAUCCUUCAGCGAGCUGCAGCCUGGACAAACAUGACUGUUCGGGAAACAGACAGUUUGGUAGACAGUGGCUAUUACUGGUGUUCCGCUACCAAUGCUGUCGGACGCACAGACAUGCCCAUCCUAUUGCUGGUGAUGAGAUACCCAAUGCCUCCAAACAUUACUAUCAGUAAGAUCGUCUACACCAGCCGUCAGCGGACAGACGUUAAUAUGGAAUGGAUGAUCCGGACAGACAGCAUCCUCACUGGCUUCUUUAUUGAACGCCAGAGACUCCCUGGUCCUGAUGGGAAAAGUGAUAUUGUGCCCGUCUGGCAGAAAGUGGCAGUAGAUCUGGAGCCCAGCACUCGCAGCUACCAGAUCAACAAUCUGGAUCCUAAUGUAACAUAUACUUUCCGCAUAACAGCUAUGAAUCGUCGUACCACUGGUAAUCCUUCAGAGAUCAGGAGCCCAGUAUCUAUGCCAGUGUCCAAACCCUACAUUGUGUUGAGUGAUCGAUCACCUGUGGAAGGCUCAUCAGUGUGGAUGCUCUGUGGACUGGAGGCUGGAACAGAGCCUGUUAGCUACAUAUGGGAGCAGGAAAGCCACAGUGGCCUGGUCACCACACUGGCUGAGAUCAACAGCAAUCUGAUCAACAUCACCGGGGUCACCUAUAAUCAUACUGGCUGGUACAGAUGCCUGGCCAGGAACGAGGUCAGCCAGCAGCGUAGUGAUCGUAUCUGGUUAGAUGUCAUAUUUGGACCAGAACAGCCUCAGAUUGAUGCCACAGCCUACUCAGUGACAGAGCAAGGCUACUCAGCCCUGGAGAGAAGAAACAUUUCCCUUACAUGUCAAGCCUCCUCUAACCCUCCUAGCCAGUACGUCUGGUUCUACAAUAACUCCGAGAUCUACACUGGAGGACAGCUCACCAUUAACACGGUUCUGCGGGGGCAUGCAGGGUACUAUGCUUGCCUGGCCCAGAAUACUUUUCGCAACACCCUCUCUAAGAAAACCAUCACUCUUACAGUCUAUUACCCACCAGAUGGCGUUCCAACUUGUUCCAUACUCCCAGUGAACAACUACACUGACCUGGCCCUCCUCUGUUCCUGGAUGGGAGGCUACCCUCCAGCUACUCUGAAAUGGAGUCCAUAUGUGAAAGGAGACAACAGAGAAGGAAUCUCUAAUGACACUUUGAUCCAGCCAGGUCCUGAUACUGCUAACAAUUCUGUAUUCACUUGCCAUGGGUCACAUGUUGCACUAAAUAUCGCCCAAAACUGUAGCACCAGGACAUGGCUGCCCUAUGGAGAACCUCAGUGUUCUGCGUAUGCGACUCGCAAUAAUGAGUACCUGAUGCUGUCCUGCUCCUGGGAGGGUGGUUUCCCUCGUGCUCUGCUGUGGUGGGCCUCUGAUUCCGGGGACGUGCAGGGCACAUCUGAGGAGAACUCCAACAUUCUGAUCCUGCGAUCCAGUGCCACCUACAGUGGCAAAGCAUUUGCGUGCCACGCUAAACAUCCAUUGGCUAAAGGAAGCAAACAGUGUGUGUUAAAACUGGAGGCUCCAGUGUUGAUGACUCAGCGCAGUGUGGUUUCUGUCUAUGAGGGUGAUGAUGUCCUACUCACCUGCAUUCUGAGCAAAAACUAUCCAGCAGCCACAGAGGUCACCUGGUACAACAACUUAAGGCAGAACAUAGGGGAAAUACCCAAGAAGUAUGUCCUUCAGCAAGCUGCAGCCUGGUCCAACCUGACAGUGCGAGAAACAGACAGCAUGGUGGACAGUGGCCAGUACUGGUGUUCUGCUAAAAAUGCUGUUGGAGGAGCAGAGAUCCCUGUCAAACUGGUAGUGAUACGGUACCCAAUGCCUCCAAACAUCACCAUCACUAAAAUCAUAUACAGCAGCCAUCAGCGGACAGAUGUUACUGUGGAGUGGCUGAUUCAGGCAGCUGCUGACCUCACUGGGUUCUUCAUUGAGCUUCAGAUGCUCCCUGGUCGUCUAGGGAAGAGUGGCAAUGUUCCUCUCUGGCAGAAAGUGGCAGCAGAUCUGGAUCCCAGCACUCGCAGCUACCAGAUCAACCAUUUGGAUCCUAGUGGCAAAUACGCUUUCCGUGUAACAGCUGUCAAUCGCCGUACCAUUGGACAUCCUUCUGCGAUGAAGAGUCCAGCUGUCCCAGGCUUUAAUGCCUAUCCUUCUGUGAUUGGAGCAGCCAUCGGAGGUAUGCUUGUGGCAACAGUAGCAACUGUGCUGAUCUUCCUUUAUGUGCUGAGGAACCGCAACAACAUCCCACGUCUUCAUGACGUGAUGUUUGGCAGGCAGAACAGCCAGUCCAGAGAAAAUAUUAACUUCCCUGAGGAUGAGGUUGUUGGAGGAGCAGAAGAAGGAGGCAGAGCAGAAGUUAGUCCAGGAACAUCUGUAACACUGCCAAGAUCUGCGAUGCCUGCAAACCUGCCUCCCCAGAUAAAGCAGCCAAUGUGACCAUAAUGGACAAUCCCUUGAGUUUGGAGCUUUUGAACACAAAGCAAAUCUUCAAUUAUCAA